CCGCAAAACACCACAAUAUCAUCAUCACAUCGAGCUAUCUCCCUUCCCCCUUGUGUGCAUCCCGAUGGGCCAAGAGGAACAGCUUCUCUUCAUCCGUCCCGUUGAUCGGCCCUGUGACAUUGCCAGGGUCAUUCGGUGGCGGGGGCUCCGGGCACGUGAUCGUCACGUCGGCCGUAAUAUCACUGUCGCACAUGUUGUUGAUAAGAAAGGCAUAGAGACCUGGUUCAGCGAUGAAAAUUAUGAGGCCGUCCAGAAGCGUUCCCCGCAGGACAGAUGGCUCGAAGAAAAGGUCGCUCUCACAUCCACGGAAGACGUGUAUCCACGUCGCAGCCAUUGACUCUUCGUUGUGAAACUCCGCACCGAUGAAGCUUGGUUUGUCGAGCUGGGCGAAGAGCAGCCUUUGCGCUAAGGAGGUACCGUUACAGAUAUCCCUCGCGAGGUCGAAAACCGGAAGGGCCUUGUCGAGAAGAGCCGAUUUGAAGGCAACCCUCGUGCCGCAGAUGGCCUGUGGCCCAUCGGGGAUGAGAUUGGUAACGAAUGCGCUGUUGGUCUCAUCUAGGAGGCUUGCCGGGCACCCAGCUGCACACACACAGAUACAAGAGCGGGAGACAUAUACAUCUUGCCGACAUGCAGGGGAGGGGAGUGCUGUUCGCUUACGUAUAGGCAACUCGCGUGUGCCCGGUUUUAAUCCGGUGAAGGGGACUUCCUCUUUGCCUAGCAGACUUGUAAUUGGCGGCAGUUCCACAGCCGGCCGUUGUUGGAACGGGGGCACUGCACACAAACCACACCAAAGGUGUAUACAGGGCCAAUCUGUUAUCUCUGCUUGCCUCACCAGUUACACUGCAUAUUCGCGUGACAAUACUGCCGUCAAUGGUGAGUGCAUCCUUCGGCAGCGGUGGGUAGAUCAUGCCCACCAGCUUAUCGCCCGCCCUGAUCUCUCCCCUGAAGUCGUCGUAACUCAAUGUUGAUGAACCUCGGCUGUUCACCUUGAGCAUAUCAGCACGACACUUCUCGUCACGUGUCACACCGAAGUUGAGGAUCAUGUCAGCGGUGGAGUUUUCCGACGCAAUGACGGUCACCUCCACUCCCUUGUUGUCCCUCCCAGCGUCGAUCUUAAGCAGGAUGGUGUCUCGCGCAUCAUCGUCUUCGGUAAACAAUCCUCCAGUGACCUCCACUUUCCCUAUGAAGGGCACUUUGCCGUCGAUAACGAUGUAGUCGCUGCCUCGGCCACCGGCUACUCGCAUGAGAUCGAGUGCUGAGCUGUCGCUGUUGAUGGUGACUGAAAUGCAAUCGUUGCCUUCCCGGCCAUCAGCUGUCAAGCUGCCUUGGCCGUCCUCCACGGAGACGCCCAGUGCAUCGUCGGACGGCGUGCCUCUACAAGGCGACUCGUUAUCGGCGGCGCAGGCCACUUCUUUCACCGAAGUCUCGGUCAGACACACAGGGAUGUUGGCUGACAUAAGGACGGAGAACAAACGGGAAUGGCGACGGGUGCAGGGGAUGCUCCAUCCUCCAUGCCUACCGAGUGACGUGACGGCAGCGUAUGCGUCCAUGAGCCCAUGUCCCGUCUGGUUGUCAUGGCCAACGUCGAAGUCCCCUGGGCCCUGCUGGCUCAGGUCGAUGUAAUCAUCCAUGUCAAUGGCUGUCUCGAACAGGACGUCUCGGAUUUCUUCGGGCGUCAUGCCGGCCUUCCAUUCAUUCAGGAGGGCUAUGACGGCCGCCACGUGCGGGGCCGACGCAGACGUACCAAAGAAGUUGGGAAAUCCUGCGAUCACACCGACGAUUCACAGGCUGAUAUUAGAAAUGUCAUGUCGGUUGGAUCGGGGGCUGCUCACCAGAGUUGUCCACAAAGCUCCCAAAAAAGGUGGUGUGCGUACCAUCCUGCACAUACAAAAGGACAUCAGAGCAUUCCCAGCCUUUCUGCAUAGCCGUCGACCGCAAGUCGUCUUACUGCAGCGGUUAUGUCGGGCUUCUUUCUCAUCUCGAAAGUGGGAUUGCCGUCCUUGUCAAACAGAAUCGGUGUUUGUCCGUGGCUUGUGGAGGGCUCAGCCACUGGCGGAUCCACUGCCCCGAAACGAGGCGUGUCGGCAUACUGAAUGACAGGCACACACAUGCGACAUCAAACCUGAGUGAAACUUGUAGGACUUUUCUAACAUAAGCAGCUGCUACUGCGAUAGACAGCGGCACGUUUUUAUGCCCGCAGACAGUCGGUGCUCCAUUGAAGAACGUCUGUGGAUACGAGUUACCCAGGGGCACCCAAAGGUACCGCAUAAGCUCCGGAGCCGGCCCUUCAAACAGCAGAAUCUUGAGUUUGAAUGCGGUGUCAGGACCAGGGACGCCGUCCACAUCGAUAUUUCCGUCGUUUGUAAACCAUAACAACUCCACGGCGUCUCUGCCGAUGUUCAAGUCGGUGCCGCCGGAGCCGAGGAGGAGAUUCAGCGGAUUAUUGGCCAUGUCAAAUAGCAUGAUAUCCAUGUCGGAACGCGACCCAGCUGGCCCCUCUGAUGCCGAGAAAAACGGCUCCGACCACUGCAAGCUGAUUUCAAACGACUCGAACACCGGCACAUGUAUCACCUGAAACAUCGGUGGACCGCAGGCGUCAUGUCCGCCUGGCUUCCUGCUGCCCCAUACCUGGUGGUCGACAACAGCUUCAGAAUCGUCAAAGUCAUGUGCAGUGUAGGUGACCACUUCUCCCGUUGGGCCUGUUAUUGUCGUCGGGACGCCUGCGUCUCUGAAGCUGUCCUGGUAGGCAUUGAUGCCAUUGCUAAAGGCACAGAGGAGGAAAGUGUCAUCGGCUGAAUGAUGCGGCCCCAUUUGCGGUCUCACUUGCCGGUCGACGAGAUAUAUGAUACGCCCUUCUCACUGGCUGUCUGGGCGGCCUGCGCAACAGUUCCAUCCUGCACCACCCAGGCAACCGCAGAAACAAAUCCACACAACGCAUUCAGUGCACAAAACACACGGCAGUACCUGAAAGAAAGGCUCGGCAUAGUAUGAAAUCUGGUUGCAAAAUAAAUGAAGGACGCAGAGCAUUAUGGAGAUGCACAGGGCGGCACAAUGGUUGUUUCUCACAUCGUCAACCAGGAUGUCGUUGAACUCCGCCAGUCGAAGAAUGUUAUUCGCAAACACCGCCGCCCCGAUAAACGCUGCGGCAAAGGAAAGGUCCGCAUGUGGAGCCAAGUCGUGUACCAGCUGAGCCAUCGCUGACGCACACCCAUACAGACAGACCACAUGCACAAGACAAAUGCAACACGCGCCCUUUUCCUUAUGGUGUUCAGCCCUCAGCCGGCCAUUCACUCACCUCUGCCUUCGUCAAUGUCACCUGGCGAUCCAUCCUGAACCACCAAUAUGCCUUUGGGUGGCAGGUCGCCAGUCUCCACAUCCUUAGCCAUCGACCCAAAGAAGCGGCUGGUCAUGUCCACACUGUCAGAGAGGAGUCCAAUCUUCUGACCGCGACCAGUCAGGCCGAGUGUGGUCCUCACCACAUCGACACGGUGUGCCAAAUCCCCUUGACUGGUCGCCAGUCCGCGAGCCACAUCGACGCUGCCGAGUGAGUCGAAUGCCCCUCGGUGAACGAUAAAGCUGCGGGAUGCAUAGUGGAGCCUCGGCAGCGACGGCAGCCUGUCGAUGGCCGACACGGGCAGCCGCCCAGACACCACCUUCUGGAACGCCACACCGUUCUCCAUGCCCAUCUGCUCCAGCUCCUCUAGAAGCCGAGGGGCAUCGUCCUUGCUCUUCGCGACGACAUCAACGACCACCAGGUCAUCAGCGCGGAUGGUGGUGAAGCCUCUGGGGGUGCCGAUGCCCUCUCGGUCAGCCUGUGCCCCCUUCUUCGCGUUGACGCGAGCAGUUCGCUGUUCCGCCCGUGACGGGGGACGCUGGACGGUGGCUGGUGCGCGUACGCCCUCGCCUUCUGGCUGGAUGCCGAUGAGUGAUGAGAGCGUCCAGCUGAUCUUGGCAUCGAUGGCCUCGUCCUCGGCACUCGCACUCCUGCCACUGUACUUGGACACUAGUCUGCUGUAUGCUGAGUGCAGACAUAGCAGGAUAAUCGAGAGGGCGAUAGGAGACGCCCUACACAUUGUAACAA